UUUCCUUUUGAUGUCCCAAAUAAUCUCUUUUUCAAACAGCAUUUUUUUCUUUGCUCCUGAUUCACAACAAUUUGAAUAAAACAUACUCGAAAAUACAAUAAGAAAGGAGGCGUAGGGAGGCUGCGUAUUUAUCUGUCGCUCCUCCGGCGGUCCGCAUGACCCAGAUCAGCAGCGCGCACACACGGGAAAGGAGUCCAUUCAUUCACAUCAUGCUAAAAACACCAAAACACUAUUAUCAAUGGCAUGGGAUUUUUUUUUCUUGUGGCAAAAUUAUAUUCUUAAUGCAUCUUGACAGUAAGUUAAAGCCCUACAAUCAUCUAACAAACUGCACAGCGGUGUUGAUGUGAAACUGCAGGCUUUUAUGUGGAAGAGCAGAGCUGCGUUUUCCUCCAAAUCAUGAAUCAAAAGUGAGCUGCUGCGUCGGCUAAGUUCCCGGCGCUAGGACCCAGAACACGUGAGCGUAUUUUGGUUAUAUAGAGGGUGGAGACGGUGAACAAUGAGUGAGCUGACUGGUAGGACCAGCAGAGGUACAACAUCUGAAUCACUCCCCUCCCCAACUGUGGUGUCCCGCUGGACCGACAGACUGUUCAGACAGACCGAGCGCAGGACGCUGACAGCUGAGCGGAGUUCAGGCGGAGUGGGAGCAUGCAGAUUUGUUUAUGCACACUGCAGAGAUCAGAGCGCUGCCUGAGCGUCCUGCUGAGCGCGGAUGUGAAUGAAUGGACUCCUUUCCCGUGUGUGCGCGCUGCUGAUCUGGGUCAUGCGGACCGCCGGAGGAGCGACAGAUAAAUACGCAGCCUCCCUACGCCUCCUGGCAGGUUGAAAAAGCUCAGAGGAGGCGCCGAACGCGUCAGAUGGGAUUUUGAUGGUAAAACAAAGUGAGGAGCAUUUCCAGGAAAGGGGAACGCAUCGGUCAGCAGGCGCGCAAAGACGCACUGCUCUCAAAAGCCCACAGCUGUGCUGCUGCUGCAAUUGGGUUUUCUUAACACUAUAGUGGAAGGAAGAGAUCCGUUUGUUGUUUUUGUCAGAGGCUGCUUCGCAGAGCGCAGCAGUUCUGCUCAGCGAGCGGAUGCAGGACCAUGGAGGAGAGAGACAGGUCGCCAGCAGUCUGCCUCACAGCGUCAAGGCGAGCCUGUCUCUUUCUCCAUUGGGACCAGGACGGGUGGGCAGCAGCGGAGGCUCACCCACAUCCAAAGUGGGAUGCUGUGGAGGAGUGCCAGUGGAGGACAUGGAGGCACUGGCCAUCACCUCCCUGUCGGCGGCAGAUGUAGCCAAACAGUACGAGCACAUCAGCGAGCUUGGGAAAGGCACAUAUGGCAAGGUGGACCUGGUGGCUCACAGGACCCAGGGCACCAAAAUGGCCCUGAAGUUUGUUACCAAGAACAAGACGAAGCUCAAAAGUUUCCUGCGGGAAUACAGUCUAACAGGCUCACUCAGCUGCAGCCCUUUCAUCAUCAAAGUCCUGGAUGUGCUUUUUGAGACAGAGGACAGCUAUGUGUUUGGACAAGAAUAUGCCCCUGCUGGAGACCUUUUCGACAUCAUACCCCCACAGGUUGGUCUGCCAGAGGAAAUGGUCAAACGAUGCAUGCAACAACUUGGUUUGGCCUUGGACUUCAUGCACAGUAAAAAUCUGGUCCAUCGGGAUGUCAAGCCUGAAAAUGUGCUCUUGUUUGACCGAGAAUGUCGGCGGAUCAAGCUGGCUGACUUUGGGAUGACCAGGCGUGUCGGGUGCCGGGUGAAACGUGUGAGCGGCACCAUCCCUUACACAGCACCAGAGGUGUGCCGAGCCAACCGAGCCGAGGGUUUCCUUGUGACAACCAGUCUAGAUGUGUGGGCAUUUGGCGUGCUGGUGUUCUGUAUGCUGACGGGUAAUUUUCCGUGGGAGGCAGCGUUGCCCACCGAUGCCUUUUACGAGGAGUUUCGUCGCUGGCAGAAAGCAGGGUGCCCUGUGGGAACCUACCCAUCUCAGUGGCGCCGCUUCACUGAUGAUGCUUUGCGUAUGUUCCAGAGAUUGCUUUCCGCUGAGCCGGAAAAGCGCUGUGGGGUGAAGGACGUGUUCUGCUUCAUCAAGUAUGAGCUGGUCAGCGAGCUGCGGCGCAGAGCCUCUCACAGAGCAAAGAGAAACGAGAGGUCCAGCUCGGGCGUGUGUACCGGAACCUGCACUCCCUCCUCAUCAUCUACUUCUUCACGUUCUUCCCACAGACACCCAGAACCCUCCACCCCUCCAGGGACCACUUGUCUGCGCCCAGCGCCACUCAAACGCAGCGUCCUCUCUGACCCGCUGUCUCCCAGAGAGGAGUCUGGACAGCACCAGACCUCAGGCCGCGACAAGAACAAAAGCCAGAUGGUGAUGGCAACAGCUAUAGAAAUCUGUGUGUGAUCAUGCUAAUAUUAAGGCAGGAAAACAGAUGGCUUUUUACAAACAACAAGUUUUGAGGAGGUGUGAAUGACUACCACAGUGAACCUGGUGUAAAAGGAGAAGUACUUCAACCAUGAAGGAGAAGCUCAGGAUCCCACCCUAGGCUGUGGAUAAAGACUCAAUCAAUCAGCGGUCGAAAAAGUGACAGACUGUCUCUGAAUUCAAUGCCAUUUAGGGUUUGAUUUGUGACCAAAGACUGCUUCCCAGGCAGAGAAGCCAUGCAGGCGGCAAAGAAGAUGCUUCUCUAAGCGGCUCAUUCUGCCAACCUGACAUCCGUGUGUUUCUGCUCAUACACUGUGGUGGUGCUAACAAUUUCAACUUCAAUUCAAUCCACUUCUCAAUAUUUCAAUGUGUAUUUAUCUAAAUUUUAGUUCCAUUACCUAGUGAUCACUGAAUUAGAAAGCAGCUUGGGUUUAGAAGAGAAACUAUGACCCAAACCUCAUUCCAGCAUCAAUAAAGUUAUCAAAUACUUCACUUGAAAAUGUAAAGUAUAGUAAAAAAAAAAUCACUUAUGUAGCAGUGUGUGAGAUGUACUUUCAUAAAUAAGUCUGGAUUGAUCGUUCCCAAUGACCGGCGUAAACUCAGGACUGUUCAUUUCAUCUCUUGCUGUUAAAUCUUUAACAAAAAACCCCAUUUGGAUAACACUUUUCAUCAUUUAAAAAAAAUCUAAUGACACUUUUUUCCUGGACAAAAUACAAGUAUGUGCGAAUGUUCCUAAACAAGUUGAAAAAAACUAUUAAAAAUGUCAAUUUUAUGUGUUACCCGUACUUUCACAUUUAUAUGUGUGCGUGUGUGAGAGGGGAGGUAGGAAUGUGCGUCUUAAAUGCUGAAGCACAUUUUUUUAUUGUAGUAGAAGAGAACUUAGAGAAAACCAUGACUAUAUUGUACAUAACUGAAUAUUCCUGGCGUUAUCAGGUAGUUCAACUAUGUAGCUGUGUUGAUUUUCUACAAGAGGGGAGGAGGGUUAUAGAAUUCUACCUGUAUUUUUAGAGGUGAUACACUGUAUGUAGCAGCAAAAUAUGACAAUAAUAUAUGUAUAAGAACCAAUGAAAUGUAUAGAUGUAUGAAAUAGAGUCAGUCACAUCAGAUAACACUGUAGCAGCUGCUAUUAUCCCUUUUUUGUACAGUUUUCCUAGAGUUUUUAUUUUUAUUUUUACUGACUCGACCAGUGAGUAGACAUUUACCACGACCUGCGAUCUGAUUGUGACAACAUGUAUCCCUUAUGUCCUCUCGGUUUUUUAAUCUAAUUCGGUUUUACUUGAGGUGGGCUUCACUGUAAACAGCUUCCAAUCCCGUCCAGCUUUUGAUGCAGUAUAUUUUAAUGUAUGUUGGCCCUUCCCUCCCUGCUGAUUUUACUUCACUGGUUUUCCAUGGUUUCAUCUGCACUUACGUAAUUGAAUCUGAAGGGGGGAUUUUAUGGUUGGGUUUGGAGUGUCUCCUCAAGGCAACCACUGCACAACACAGAGGACGCAGCAGGACACUUGAAUGCAGCAGAGAUUCAUAACUGUGCAGUAUGUCAUCAACACACACUGCCAGGAUGGAGAACGUGACAAUCUGAGAUGUUUUAUGACCAGAGAAAAAAAGAGUAAAAAUACAGACACUUCUGGAGGCAUCCUUUAAUUCAUAACUGACUGCAGAUGCAGCGAUAAAUCUUCAGUAUACCAACUGGGAUUUAUGGUUGCGGAUAAAAAGAGCCAUAUCUGUCAAACACACAUUAAGGUUUUUUAUUACGCUGAAUACAUUUAAAAGAAAUUUGUAAAAUAAAAUUUGAGAUCAAAAAUAGCCCACAACUAAAAGAGGUCGUGCUUGAGAUGCCAUAUGAAGUAAUUUUGCAAAGCAAUGGCAAAUAUAUGUGAAAAUGUAUUUAAACAAAUACCGAAAUAUAUUAGGACUUUAAACCCUGAUUCAAAUAAUUUGCAAUUAUUACAUUUUCCACUGUAAAUGUACUAAAAUAAAGGAUUUUCUUGUAUGGUUGACUGGAUUUGCUGAACUAAAUCCAUUUACUAUUAUUUCAAGUAGCCAUAAAGUGAACAUUUACCACUUUUUUUCAGGGGUUUCCAUUUUACUUUUUUUUUUAAAAUUUUUACAUUCCCUACUUUCCUAGGUCUUUUAAAACAUUUUAGAUUUCCUAAUCAAAUUAGAAUAAUAUUCUUAAAGUGAAGGUGUGGACCUGAAUUUUAGCAGUAGCACAUGCAAUUUAAACACUUGCAAAAUUAUUUUUCGACAAACACCACAUAAGGAGAAGCAGCCAAAAACAGCUAAAAUUAUUUCAGUUAUUGUAAAGAAAAUUCUAAUUAAACACAGCAGAAAUAGAGAAUUACAUGCAGAAAAUGUAAAAAUAAAGCCAUAAAGAUAAAUUGUAGCACAUAGGCUUUUUUAAAAUGUUGACUUUAUUUUACAUAUACACAAUUUGUAAUUUUACAUUUUUUUUCCAAAUGAGAUGUCUUUUUGUUCGCCAACAAUUCCAUGAAGUUCUUGGCUUAAACGGUCUAUCAACUUCGAGACGUUGACCAUAAAUUUGAUGAUCGAUGGUCUCUUUAGACUUAGAAUUCUAAUUAGAAUGUAGAAUUAGAAUUCUACACUGCAUUACAAAGGGAUGUCAAUAUCUGUAUAUUUUAAAAAAAACAACAGAAUGACAGAAGACUUAAAACAUUGAGAAUAUAAGAAAAAACACAAUUUUGGCAAAGCAACAAAACCUCUUUUUUCAUGAUCUUAACUGGGUUGAAAAUCACAGUUGAUGCAAGGAUCCAGGAUCAAUACUUUUACUUCCACAUAAGUUUUUUUUUUUUAAUUUAAUCUUUCAUUAUCAACAUUUCUUUUUUCUUUCCCCUUUAUCAUCCCACGAUGGCUCAUCACCUCUGUUGCCAUGGUGACGAAACUGCCACCCAGCACUCCAGUUCAAUUUACGUUCCCCAUCCUGACCAUGAAGUCUAAUUGAGCUCAAAUGAAACAACCAGUGGUUGUCCUUCUUUAAUCUACAGAUCCUCAUGAUGGAAUGGGUUUCCUUGUUAUGCUAGAUGAGGUUAUUUCUGCAGAAAGUUGAACUUUUCCUCCAACUUUAAGCAAGAGGUUUGUUUCAUUCGACUCCUUUUCUGUUUUCAUCUACAUCAGGGUAAGAUCUGCUUGUGUCAGAGGAAAGAGCUGAAUGAUGAAACAUAUGUGGGAGAAUAAUAGGUUUAAGAGUGUUCUUUUUCUUGACUUGAGAUUCAUUCCCAGUGCAUUUAUAUGAUAUUUCAUAGAUUUUAAGCAUAAAUUUGUGAAAGAGAUUAAAUUGAUUUUAUUCUCAACAUCCUCAAAAUUCAGCUUUCUGCAUAAGAAAAUGCCGUAUUAAGAAGUUCAAAUUGCCUUUUCCUUUACAAUGUUUUUGUUCCUCACAAAUUUCAACCAAAACUCAAUAUGUUUAACCACUUAUUAAAUAUGCAAAUGGGAUUUAAGAGAAUAUUUGAUGAAGCCACCUGCAGCUUUCUAUCAAACGGGAGAAAAUGUGUAUGUUUUUUGUAAAAAAAAAUGUUUUAUUAACCCUUCAAAAUCAAACUCCAAUGCCUAAUUUUAAGCUUAUUUUUAAAAUAGAAUCUACUGUUAAAGUACAACGCAAGGUCAGAACAUAUUAAAUGUGUUAAAAGCAUUUGGAUAAACAUUAUGAUGAAAAACCUAAAGGUUUACCUCAAAACGAGUGCCCUUUGUCAUUAAAUUGCUAUUAGUAAUUUAAAAAAUAUCUAUUUUAUUGCUCAUGUAUAAUAUAAUUACAAAUAUUAGAUGUGAAGAUUUAUUUGAGAUACAAGGAAUGUUGCUUUCUCCUUUCCCUUUUUAUCCAGAUUCCAUCUUGAAGAGUAUCCUAAAAGCACAUUUUUGGUUAUAAUUGUAUCUAUAAUCUUUAACAAAAUGUUAUUAUAUGUGAAAAUAAAUUUAUGCACCACCUCCAA